GAUAGGGGCUCUCAGAGAUCAACUUCUAGCCAUCGCUUAUUCUCAUUUCCUGGUUUCCUCCCAAUUUAGCAAUUCGAUUUUUAUCCGGGCGAGCAGAGGUUUGCAAUCGGAAUUCGGAACGAGGAGGGGAUGGGAAAGCAACCGGUGAAGUUGAAGGCCGUGAUCUAUACCCUAUCGCCUUUCCAACAGAAGGUGAUGACUGGGCUUUGGAAGGAUUUACCUACCAAAAUUCACCACAAGAUCUCCGAGAAUUGGAUCAGCGCCACUCUCUUGCUAGGUCCUCUCGUUGGCACCUACUCGUAUGUUCAGCACUACCAGGAGAAAGAGAAGUUGGCUCACAGGUAUUGAGAUCAAGCGCGACAGCAUGAAUUUAUUUGGAUAAUCAUUUAUUGUGGUGAAAAGACAUUUGCCCAAUUUUUGUUCAGCCGGCGAAUAAUAUGAUAUGAGUUGAUUGUUGUCUGCAUUUUGAUGCAAUAUCAAUUUUAUGACUUUGAGCUCUUUUUAGCUUUGACAGACCUUACCAACUAGUGAGAUUGGUGACACGGGGGCCUUUUAAGUAAUACUUCCUUCUUCUUUU